CCAUUAUUUUCUUGGAUAUAUAUUAAUAGUUCCAGCAGCAUUUGGCAACUGAACAGGAAAAAAUAUCAAAUCCUACACAAACAUGGGAAAGAUUAUCUUUUAUGAGGAUAGGAACUUUGGUGGCCGUUACCAUGAGUGCAUGAGUGACUGCUCUGACCUGCAUUCCUACUUCAAUCGCUGUCACUCCAUCAAAGUGGAAAGCGGUUGCUUCAUGGUCUAUGACCGAACGAAUUUCAUGGGCCACCAGUACUUUCUGAGAAGGGGCGAGUACCCUGAUUACAUGCGUACUAUGGGAAUGAACGAUUGCGUCAGAUCCUGUCGCAUGAUCCCAGUGCAUCAUGGGGCCUUCAAAAUGAGGCUCUAUGAGCGCCAGGACAUGGGCGGCAGGAUGGUGGAGCUUGAGGAUGAUUGCCCCAACGUCAUGGACCGGUUCAACAUGUCCAACUUCCAUUCCUGCCACGUGAUGGACGGUCACUGGCUCGUUUAUGAGCAGCCCAACUAUACGGACAGGCACUUCUACCUGAGGCCUGGCGAGUACAGGAGGUACAGUGACUGGGGUGGCAUGAGUUCAAGGAUGGGCUCCAUCAGACGGAUCAUGGAUCUCUAAUGAAAGGAAUCCAUGUGAAAUGUCUGCUGUAUGCUCUUUUUCACACACUAAAUAAAAUGGUGCCUCUGCUCAAGUGUCUUGAGUUUUGUUCUUGCACCCUCUACCUGGAGGGGUCAAUGCCUGAUGACGACACUUGCUAUAGGCUGCCAGACUGCUUGACACUGUUCGGAGAACUGAAUAAAACUAUAGAGACAUUUUCCUCAUUGAGACAGG